AUGGACGUGGAUGAGGAUAAGGAUACGGUCCUAUUGUACCCUAUACAGACCGAAAAGCAGUACUCCCCCACGCCUGAUUAUACAGACUAUAAUUCCUUUGCUGGAACAGGCACUGCACUUGUCAUCGACAAUGGGUCAUGGCAAUGUCGUGCAGGAUGGGCUUCAGAGGAACGACCAAGGCUGGCCUUUGAUAAUCAGAUUUCAAAGUUUAGAGACAGAAAAAACAAUACAACUAUAACUUAUGUCGGGAACGAUAUCUAUGCAGAUGUGUUGGGCCGAUCCAACGCUCGAACGGCGUUCGAUGGAGCAGUCAUGUGCAAUCCUGAAAUUAUGGAAGGAGUAUUGGAUUACGUAUUUAUAAAGCUAGGAAUUGAUACCGAAAAAAUCGACCACCCAGUUGUCAUGACGGAGCCUGUUUGCGUGCCGCCCUAUAGCCGGAAUCUCAUGUCAGAGCUGUUAUUUGAGUCCUAUCAAGUCAACUCAGUGACAUAUGGCAUUGAUUCACUUUUCAGCAUGUAUGCUAAUGGACCAGAAAGAUCUGGAAAUGGGAUUGCCGUGUCUGUUGGUCAUCAUUACUCUCAUGUUAUUCCCGUAUAUGAUGGUCGGGCGCAUCUGCAGCAUGCUAAGAGAAUCUCGUAUGGGGGGGUACCAGCAAGCGAGUUUAUGCUCAAGUUAAUGCAGAUGAAAUACCCCACAUUCCCCAUGAAAAUGAAUACUGCUCAAUCAGAGACUCUUCUGAUCAACCAUACUUAUGUGGCACAUGAUUAUAUGGAAGAGCUUGCCUCGUACGAAAACCCAGAAGUAUUUAAAACAAAAGACAGAGUAGUUCAGUUCCCAUUUGUCGCUCCUGUUAUUGAGGAAAAAUCUGAAGAAGAGCAGGCGCGACUAGCUGCCAAACGUAAAGAACAGGGACGACGACUGCAGGAGCAAGCAGCAAAAGCAAGGCUUGAAAAGUUAAUACAGCGGGAGCAGGACCUAGAACAAUAUACAACACUCAGGAACUCGCGCUCUUCUCUGAAAAAAGCAGAAUGGAUGGAACAACUGAAGACAAUGGGUUUCAAAGAUGAAGCAGACUUGGACGCAGCCAUCAAAACAACUGAUGCUGCCAUCAAACGUGCGCGGAACAAGGAGCUCGGAAUUGAAGAAGAAGAAAAGGAACCUCCAACGUUCCCUUUGCUUGAUGUUCCAGAUGAAGAACUUUCAGAAGCUGACCGAAAAGAGAAAAAGAAGCAGCGCUUGCUAAAAGCAAGUUAUGAUGCGAGGAUGCGGGCCAAGACAGCUAAAGCGGAAGAAGCCGCGCACCAGGAAGAACUUGCUCGACUUGAUGCAGAAAAGAGAGAAAAGGAACCACAAAAAUGGCUUGUAGAGCUUCAUACCAAGAGAAAAGAACUAGUGGAUAAGAUUAAGGCAAAGAAGCAGCUCCGGGAACAGUUAUCGGAUCGUCGAAGCCAUGCAUCACAACUCCGUAUGAGGUCGAUUGCAGCAUUAGCCAGCGACAGUCCUCCCCCUAAGCGUCGCAGAAAGGGACAAGAUGAGGACACUUUUGGACAAGAUGAUGAUGACUGGAUGGUUUAUCGUGAGAUUGUUAGUGCUUUCAAAUAUAAAGAGGACGACUCAGAAGAUGAAGAAGAAGCUGCGCAACUAAAUGAAUAUGAACAGCAGCUUCUCAAGUACGACCCUGACUUCCUGCAUGAGCACACCAUGAACGCCUACUCGCCCAAGAAUUCAUUCCUUCAUUUUUAUACGAAUGGACUCGGACCCUACGAUCCUGCAGUUGGGCUCUCGCUCGAGCAGACCUAUCAGUUACAUGUCAAUGUGGAGCGAAUUCGUGUCCCAGAGGUGCUAUUCCAACCAGGUAUCAUUGGAUUGGAUCAGACUGGCCUGGUGGAAACUAUACAAGAUGUCCUAAAGCGUUUUGACGCUGAGGCACGCCAGCGACUCGUUCAGAAUAUCUUGGUGACAGGAGGUAUGGCCCAGAUACCGGGAUUGAUUGAUCGCUUGGAUAAUUCCAUCCGUUCUAUUCUGCCAUAUUCUCCGAAUAAGAAGCUGUACGAGGUGCGACGAGCGCAGGACUGCCUAUUAGAUGCAUGGCGAGGUGCAGCCAUGAUUGGACGCAACCAUGAGAGGAUGAAGAAAAUAUCGGUGACCCGACAAGAGUAUGAAGAAUAUGGAGGUAGCUACAUCAAAGAGCACGGACUGGGUAACAUAAGUUAUGACUAA